AGAUGACUGAAGAUGGGAGGUGUUUUGUAGGGCGUAUAAUGCAUGGUGGACUAAUUCACCGACAAGCAACAUUACACGUAGACGACGAGCUUCUUGAAAUUAAUAAUAUUUCUGUUGCUAAUAAAUCUGUAGAGCAAAUUCAAAGGCUUUUAAAAGAUGUCAGAGGCCCAGUCACCUUUAAAAUCGUCCCCUCUUACCGGUCAGCACCUCCUUCCUGUGAAAUUUUUGUUCGGGCACAGUUCGAUUACGACCCUUCACAAGACGAUUUAAUCCCUUCUGUCAAUGCAGGGGUUCCUUUCCGGACGGGUGAUGUACUCCAAGUAAUCUCAAAAGACGAUCACAACUGGUGGCAAGCCCGGUUUAUUUGCCCUUCUCCCGCGUUAGGCGGCUCCUUGUGGGCUUCUUCCCCUACAACAACCACAACACCCAAUACUGUGUCUAACGCUGUUGCCUCUACUUCUGCUGCAGCACUAUCCACCUCAAACCACAUAUCGUCUAAAAAGCCCCCUCCUUCUAGGCAGCAAAGAUUUCAUGGUGGGAAUAAUAUGGCGGGGCUUAUUCCGUCCCCUGAACUUCAAGAAUGGAGAACUGCUUGCCUAGCAAUGGAACGCGCCCGUGAAUCUUCCCAUUGCUUCAUUUUCGGCAGUAAGAAGAAAGUUACCAAUCCGUGCACUAGCAGCAACAAGUAUUACACUACCAAAUAUUUGCGCAAACAUUCUGAAUUGUUUGACGGUAUGGAAAUGAUCAGUUAUGAGGAGGUCGUUAGAUUGCCCACCUUCAGACGCAAGACACUUGUUCUGUUGGGAGCGCAUGGGGUAGGCAGGCGACACAUCAAGAAUACCCUUAUCAGGCUACACCCACAUCGUUUUGCUUAUCCGAUACCUCACACUACUCGUCCCCCUCGACGUGAUGAGAUUGAUGGCAAGCACUACUUUUUUGUGUCUAACGAUCAAAUGUUGGCGGAUAUUCAAGCUAAUGAUUACCUUGAAUAUGGAACACAUGAAGAAUGUUUGUAUGGAACUAAAUUGGAAACAAUACGGUCAAUACAUAGAACGGGGAAAAUGGCGAUUUUGGAUGUUGAGCCUCAGGCCUUAAAAGUAUUGCGAAAUGCUGAAUAUUCUCCUUUUGUUGUAUUUAUUGCUGCCCCAGAUUUGCACGGAUUACACGAUCCCGAUGGAAGUCUUGAACGUUUAGUGAAGGAGUCAGAAAUGCUCUCACAAUCAUUUGGACAUUUAUUUGACCUUAUUCUGGUCAAUAAUGAUAUUGACGAGACUAUUAGACAGUUGGAAAGGGUUGUAGAAAAAUUAUCGGCUACACCACAAUGGGUACCUAUAUCUUGGGUUUAUUAA